AUGGUUAAUAAUUCAAAGAUUUCAAGGAUUUGUACAGUACCUAGCCUACAGGCUUAUGAAUCACAUGACACAGCAACUUCAUUGAGUUUGGGUUCGGGUUCGGCUCGGUGCUACAAGCUUGGUCCGUGUUUUGAUUCAUCAUCAUCUGUUGAAGAAGAUAACAAACCUGUAGCUGCAAGGUUGUCUAAAUAUUACCCUUCCGAGAAAGCCAAAAUUCUGGUGCAGAAUUUCUCAAGUUUGGUUUCGUGGCAGAGCUGGUGCAAAAAUUCCAGCCCAAUUGUUGGAUGGCAUCUACCAGACGAAACUUACUGUAAUUGGGUUAAGAAGUUGGAAAAGAGACUUGAACAGAAAUGGCGCGACCUCCGUAUUUAUGAAGCGAUUAUGCUGUCUACACGUCUCAUUUCCUUUGACAGUCCUCUCAUGUCUGCACUCAUGUGCUUUUGGGACAAAAGUUGCAAUGCUUUCCUCCUCCCUGAAGGUCCGAUGGGAAUAACAAUGGAGGAUGUGGUCGCAAUCACCAGUUGUUCCCCAGUUGGCAUUGAGUUAUCUACAUUAGGGACUGACCCGCCAGAUGUAAAGAACACUUAUCUAGGGAUUGGUGUAUCUAGUUACGGCAAUUUUGUGACUAGAGCUAUGUCGCUCAGAGAUAAAGAACAAGAGGAAAUGGCUUUCUACUUGUACUGGAUAUGCAAGUUUGUUGUUUGCAAUCGCUCAGUCAUGGUUCUGAAGGGCUUUCAAUGUGUGGCUGAGACCAUCUUUCAUGCAAAGGGUCCAAUAGCGCUUGCCCCUUUUCUUCUUGGCCUUGCCUAUAAUUGCCUAGGCAACAUUCUCAGAUCAGAUUUCAGUGAACAUGUGAGUGGGCCUCUAUGGCUGGUGGUGCUAUGGGCGCAGGCUUAUUUUAAUCCUAUUGCAGCUAGUAGUAUAUCUACACAUCUUCAAAGCUCAAGGCAACAAAAAUUUAAUGGCAUAUACUCAUAUGGGGAUUACAUAAUUUUCAGCCAGGUUCAUUACGAGAAAACUUUCGGGGAAUGUUUCGACUAUUUGACUGACAGCAAAAGGAAACGCCAAGGAGAGGAAUGGAACCCAUUUCUUAAAAGGGAAUUUGGUGCUGACUGGUUCCGUGCUUUCACGCUUCAUCAGAAACACACUAGAGAUGAAAAGGAUGCCUGGAAAGCAGUUCUCAUUGCUCGAGAUUUACCAGCAUAUUUUAGUCCUCCUUCAUUUUUCCUUGAACCUUACUCCCCAAAUCAGUUUGCUAGGCAACUUGGACACCUCCAAUCAGUUCCUGUCCCUUUCUACCAAACUAUCAACCAGCCUUGGCAUUCUAGGAACACUGUGGCUGCUAAUGUUCUUAAGCAUGCAGAGAAGGACUAUUUCAUCAGAAAGUCUGCGAUGUCACAGGUACAUCAGAUUCAUUGGUUCCCAUCUUCAGAUCAUGCCUUUGAUUUUUGGUGGUUAUGGUGCUGGGCAAAUGUUGCUUCAUAUGUCUCUGAGGCAAAGAAACAUUUUGUUUCCAAGUUUGGCAAUGGUCCCAGGAAGAUGCAUAAGAAACGCCGUGCAACACGUACUCAGAAGUUGCAAAGAGCUCCAAAACGUAGAGCAAGAAUGGUUUCAGCUCUUUUAGAACCAUUCCCCGAAGGAAGAGGUGGAGGAAAAGUAGAAGUAGUAGUAGAGGAAGAAUCAUCAUCGUCAUCAUCAGAAGAUCUGCCUUCUAAUAAAGAAGGAAAAGGAAAAGAAGUAGAAGAUGGCGAAGAAUCAUCAUCAUCAAAAGAUGAAGAAGAAGAAGAAGAAGAAGAAGAAGAAGAUGAUGAUGAUGAUGAUGUUGAUAUGCCUUUGACAAAGUUACGACAUCAGAAGCCCUCUGCUGAUGAAAAUGACAUGACAUUAGAAGAGUAUCCAUCCUCUGAAGAUCCCGUAAACACUGAGCAUGAUCAGGAUGCCAUUGGAGAAGGUGACUUCACUCCUCAACAGAACCAUGGCCCAGCUGUGAAUGUUGAACAACAGAGAAAGAAGCUUAAACAGUACAUGGACAUGUCAAUAGAGUCCAUUUACGUGAGUGAUCAAUUGAACAACAUGGAGAGAACUGUUGACGCAAUCUAUCAUCAUUCAGGUGAUGCGUUAGAGACCCCCAUUCUGGGAGAUCUAAGGAAACAACUGACUGGCCUAAAAAAUAAGAUCCCAUCUCUCUUGGCUUCAAUCAAAUCUGCGGAAUCUGAAUGCGAGUCUCUUCACAAACAAAAUCCUGAUCUGCCAGCUAAGCUAAACCAAGAGAAAUUGGCAUUACAAGCUGACGAAUCAUGUCUGUCAGAGCUCACAAUUGAAGAAGCUAUACUUGAACUAGAAAUCCAAAAACUAAUGGCAAAGAAAGCAUCAGUUCUUUCUCAGAAAGCCUCGGCAACUGAGAGGGCUGAGAGGAGAAAGCAGAAAAUGGAAGAGCUCAAGAACAUAGAGGAAAGCAUCAAGAAGGCAGAGUACAGUUGUUUCCAAAAGAGAAAUGAAAUGAGUAAAGUAAAUGCAACCAUUAACGCGACUUUGAUGGACGCCAAAAGGGUUUUGUUCAAAUGAUUUUUUAUUCUUUUCGUUUAGCAAAUACAUGUAACUGUGAACCUUGUAGUCCUUGCCUUGUCAAACAAAACAACAUUCAACGUUAUAUUUCUCAAAGUGGAAUGACAUGUAAUGUAGGUUUUUACUUGCCC